AUGAGAAAAAUGAACCAGUCGCUUGUCUCCGAGUUCCUCCUCUUAGGACUCUCCUGGCAGCCCCAGCAGCAGCAGCCCCUCUUCCUGCUCUUCCUCAUCAUGUACCUGGCCACCGUCCUGGGAAACCUGCUCAUCAUCCUGGCCAUCGGCACUGACUCCCGUCUGCACACCCCCAUGUACUUCUUCCUCUGCAACCUGUCCUUUGUGGAUGUCUGCUUCUCCUCCACCACUGUCCCCAAGGUGCUGGCCAACCAUGUACUCGGAAAUCAGGCCAUCUCCUUCUCUGGGUGUCUCACACAGAUAUAUUUUCUCUAUGUGUUUGCUGAUAUGGACACUUUCCUCUUGACUGUGAUGGCCUAUGACCGUUUUGUGGACAUAUGCCACCCCUUACACUACACAACAAAGAUGAAUCACCAGCUCUGUGCCCAGCUGGUGGCUGGAUCCUGGGUCAUUGCCAACCUGAAUAUCCUAUUACACACUCUGUUGAUGGCUCGACUCUCAUUUUGUGCAGACAAUGCCAUUCCCAACUCCUGUGCUGUGAGCCCCCUCCUGAAACUCUCCUGCUCAAACACACACCUCAAUGAGAUGAUUCUCACGGAGGGGUCCCUGAUCAUGUUCAUCCCAUUUGUCUACAUCCUGGCCUCCUACAUCCAUAUCACUGGUGCUGUCCUGACAGUCCCACCCUCAAGGGGAAGAUGGAAAGCCUUCUCUAUCUGUGGCUCCCACCUGGAUGUGGUAUUGCUCUUCUAUGGCACCAUUAUUGCUGUGUAUUUCAACCCUUCAUCCUCAUACUCAGUUGAGAAGGACAUGGCAGCCACUGUUCUGUAUAUAGUGGUGACCCCCAUGCUCAACCCUUUCAUCUAUAGCCUGAGGAAUGGGGACUUGAAAAGGGCCCCAUGGAAAGUGGUCCACAGAGAACCUUUUUCUUUCUAA